UGGACAGCGGUGGUGGGACACCUGCACCGACACACGUCAUGUCUAAGUGGCUGAAUGAUGGCGAGGUGCUGGUGGGUCAGGGCAGUGGCGAGGCCGUGCCAGCGAGCCCCAGACCCCGGGGCUUUACUGUUGGGAGCCCCAGGCACAGUUCUGGAAGCAGCCCACUGGUGUCACCAAGAUCGGCAGCAGCAGGAAGUCCGCAAACAGAGACCAUGGGCAAGGCCAAGGAGCUGUUUCUGCUCUGUGACAAAGAGGGGAAAGGCUUCAUCACAAAGAGGGACAUGCAGAGGCUACAGAGAGAGCUGCCGCUGUCUCCUGAACAGCUGGAGACGGUGUUUGAGAGUCUGGACCGAGAGAGCAAUGGAUUCCUCACUCCUGUUGAGUUCAACACUGGACUCGGUGAGUUUGUGGGACUUGAGGACACGACUGAGUCGAGUCCAGGCGAAGCGGAGGAGGAUGCGGACCAGGUGCAAUGGUCCCAGGAUCCCAUUGCAAUCAGAUUUGUAAACAUACUGAUGGAGCUGGGUGCUGACAAACUUUUUAAAGAUCAGCAGGAGCUUUGUUCCAUGUGGUGUGAGCUACAGAGAGAAAGACCAGAGCUGCUCAGUGUCCUGGAGAGUGUCUUGGUCCACACAGUGUCCCAUUUACAGGACUCCAUCAGAGAGAGAGACAGUCUGGAACAAGCUCUUCGCAGACGCGAGAGCGAACACGAUCAGGUUGUUCGGUCCCUUUAUGAAGACCUGGAAAGUCAACUCAGAGAGGAGAGACAGAAACAUCAGGCUCAGGACGGUAUUAGACUGAUUCAAAGAGGGAAGCAACUUGAAGAGGAGCUGAAGAUGCGGGAGCAGGAGCUGGAGAACACAAUGACCAAACAGAAAGAGCUGGAGACCAGAGUCCGGCAGCUGAGCUGUGAGCAGGUGAACUUUAAGGAGCAGAACCAGCAGCUGCGGAGCCUCAACGUCCAGCUACAGGACCAGAUGGAGAACAGCAGAGAGCAGCUGCAGGCCGCUCUGGGUGAGCUCAGCCUGCUGCAGCUCAACGCUGCCCAGGAACAAGUGGCCAGACAGAGAAAUGUGGUGAAGGUGUCAAAGAACAUUCAGAAAGAGAAGGAGAGCCUGUUCAGACAACUGGAACUGCUGAAGGAUAUGAACAAACGGCUGCGAGAUGAAAAAGACGCUCAACACUCUCAGAAGAGGAAUCCAAAUGUCAAAAAGAUUUUGGAGAAGAGAGGCUCAGUCAUAGGUAACUACUUACUGCAAGACAAGCCACUGAAAAGACAGCUGAGCUCAUCUGAUGAGUUGGAGCAGAACAAAGACACAGAGAGGACAAAUACAUCCAAGAGACACCAGCCAACAUGUAGAGUCAGGGGGGAAAAUGUUGAACAGACUCAAACUCAGAGCAAAAUUGUCAGUCGUCAGCGAGUGUUCAAGGUUGUAUUCUUGGGUAACUCAGUUGUGGGUAAAAGCUCCUUCAUCCAGCACUACUGCACAGGAAGCUUCCUCAGUAACACAAGCUCUACUGUCGGUUUGGAUUUCCAGAUGAAAACCUUAACUGUGGACUCCACCCCCGUCACCAUGCAGCUGUGGGACACUGCAGGACAGGAGAGGUUUCGCAGCAUCACUGAGCAGUACUACAGGAAGGCCGACGGUAUCCUGGCCAUGUACGACGUGACUCACUCCCCCUCCUUCAAAGCGCUGAGAGGAUGGAUGGACUCUGUGAAGGAGAAGAUGUGUGAAGGUGCCGUGUUAAUGCUACUGGGGAACAAGCUGGAUCUGGCAGACGCACACAGCAGGCAGGUGGCCACAAGGGAGGGGCAGAGGCUCGCUGAGCAGCACCAAGCUUUGUUUUACGAGUGCAGUGCCAAGACCGGACGUAACAUGGAGGAGCUGAUGACUCACCUGGCAAGGAUGUUGCUCGCCCAGCAUGAUCGACAGUGUGUAGAUGCCCUUUUACUGAGCGAGGACACAUCCACAAAAGGCUGUUGUACAUAAACAGAGAAGAAAAGACAAAAAAAAAAAGUGGUUCACACCAAGGUUCAGUGCAUGGUUACACUUCCUGUCCUGUGGUCACACAUUUUUCUGUGAACAAGUUUACUGAGCAGUGACUGUAAGGUUUGUUUAUGUUGUGUAUAUAAUC